AUGAGUAAUAUUGAAGCAACCAUUAUUUGUAUAGAUAAUAGUGAUUAUAAUAGAAAUGAAGAUAUUUUACCUAAUAGAUUUUUAUCACAGAUUGAUUGUAUAAAUGUAUUAUGCUGCAAUAAAACAAGUAUGCAUUAUAAAAAUAAUAUAGGAAUAUUAAUGAUGGCCGGAGAUAAAAUAAAAGUAAAAGUUUCAUUAACAAAUGAUAUAGGUCAGUUAUUGUCUUGUAUACAUGAUAUAAAAUUAGAUGGAACUUGUGAUAUUAUAAGAAGUUUAUUAAUCGCACAAUUAGCUCUGAAACAUCGAGUUGAUAAAAAUUUAGAACAAAAAAUUAUUUUAUUUAUUGGUAGUCCUUUUGAAGUAAAUGAAAAACAACUUAUUAAUACAGGGAAACAAUUAAAAAAAAAUAAUAUAUCUGUUGAUAUAAUAAGCUUUGGUAAUAUAAAUAAAAAUAGAGAUAAAUUGAUGAAAUUAUUUGAAAGUGUCAAUAACAAUGACAACUGUAGAUUUAUUGAAUGCCCAGAAACUGAAACAAAUUUAAGUAAAUUUGUCUUAAACUCCUUUUUAAAUAAUAAUGAUUUUAAUAUAGACAAUAUGCAAGAUGAACAAUUAAUAAGUGCUAUGCAAAUGUCUUUAGAGGAAAAUCCGAAUUUUAAUGAAAAAAAAAAUAAUAAUAAUAAUAAUGAUUUACCUACUAUUGAAGAAAUAGAAAAUAUGAAAGAUAUAGAUAACGAAUUAAAAGAAGCCUUAAUAUUAUCAUUAAAAGAAUACACUGAAAAGAAUAAAUCAGAAAAUAUAAAUAAAGAAGAAUCAAAUAACAAUACUCAUUAUGAUAAAAAAGAAGAAAACUUAACACUAGUUAAUGAAAAUUAUAAAAACAAUUUUGAUAAUAAUAAUGAAAAUAAAUUAGAAGAAUCAAAAGAAAAAAAAGAAAAUGAAAGUUAUGAAAAAGUUUUUAAAAUAGACAAAGAUGAAAAUAUAGUAGAAAAUUCAAAAUAUGUAAUAAACGAAAAUAUUUAUAACAAUGACAAAAAUAUUUCAAAAGAAAGUGAUUCAAAAAAGUCUGAAGAAAAUGAUAAAAAUAAGGCAUCAUUAAUACAAGAUACUAAUUAUAUUUCUGAUAUUCUAAAUAAAAUUAAUAAAAAUUCUAAUGUUUUUGAAAAAAAUGAAUCAUCAAAUAAUGAAGAAAGUUUAAAUAAAGAUAAAGAAAAUAAAGAUCCUUCAAAUAACCAGAAAAAAUGA